UGUUGUUCGAGUGCUUUGAAGUGCGCUAGAUGCUCUUUUUAAGAUGUCGUCCUCAUCCUCAUUUUAACAAUUCAAAUUUAAACGGACAGACGCCUAUAAAUCGUAAGUGAACAACAGAUUUCUAUCAUGCCUUUUACGUUUGUGCUUUAUGGGAAGAAAAAUUUGUUUUAAUUAGCAUUACUUGUGCUAAAGAGAGAGUUGUUGGCUGAUUCAAUCCUAAUUUGGGGUAUGUUCAUUGGAACAUAUGAAAAUGGUCGCCAGCGUGUUCACCGUCACCAUAUUGGUUUGGGCCGCGCUGUCUUGCACCCGAUGUGUCCAAUCUCAGAAUGAUGGCGAGGUUAACUCUUUGUUGCUAGGCGACGAUGGAACGGUUUAUGUUGGAGAGAAUAACGCCCUCGUGCAGUAUGGGAACAGAACUGUUACAAAGGAAAGCAUCGUGGCAUGGGUCAAUAUUACAAGCGGUGAUAGGCUCCCAAACUUCCCUUCCAUAUUUGACUUCGUUACCAUUAGCGACGUGACUUAUUUACUGGAAUGUGGUUCGGGUUACAACGAAACAUGUGUUCUAAGAAAUCUAACUAACAUUUCGUACGUCACCGAUCUCCAUGAAGCGCACGAUGAAAAGAGAUCUAUGUCAAAAUUCCUUGGCAGCCCGAUUCCGUCAGUUGUGAUCAGUCGUCCGAUUCAAGAUCACGUUGAAAUAUUUUCAGCGAUUUCGUUUGACGUUUCAUACCCAUCUUCCUUUUAUGCAUUAUCGAAAAGAAUUAUUUGGGUGAAAGAGGGCAGAUUUAUCAUUCACUACGCCCUAGCAAGAGAAUUUUACAUCAAACCGAAACCGGGCUUUUCGUUGACUUUUAUUCACGGGUUCUAUUCAGAGGCCCCUGACAACCACCAUUACGUGUACUUUAUGAACAAUCGGCGGACCACUCGCGGCGGCGGCUACAGUGCAUACAUCAGCCAGAUGUGCGCUAACGACACGUAUUUCUGGUCUUACAUCGAGGCCCGGCUGGAAUGCAAGGGCUAUACCAACCUGACGUCAGCGUUCACCAUUGAUACCGCAUAUGGACAUUAUCUCUUGGCAGCGUUCGACGGUGACGACCGCCAUCUAGGGUCUGCGCUGUGUAUGUACAAUGUCGCCAAUAUAGACGCGUUUUUCGAGGAACAACAAAGGAAAUGCUUCCGUGAUGCAGUUGGUUCCACACCUGACUGGAUACAGGGCACGGAGGAGGCUUGCUCAGAGAAAAUAACCCUCACCAACAUCAAAUGCGGCUACACGGGGAAUAAUUCGCGGAUUUUGGCUUCCAUCGCCAUGGAGACGGACCGACUACUCCUCACGCGCAGUGCAAUCAUCUCCUCCGUUACUAUGACAACACAGGGGGAUUCCGACAUUAUGGUGGUGUUUGGAACAGCAUCCGGCGAUAUAGAAAUGUUAUUGUUUAACGAACACUUUAACCGGUCCCGGCCUGUGUACAAGAUGGCGGGGACGCAAACAGAGAUCCGUGGUCUGACUCUGUCGCCAGGAAAUGACAUUCUCUACUUUUAUCAGGAAACCAAGGUUACCACGCUGUUUUUGGACGACUGUUCUGUGCACACCAAAUGCCAGACAUGUGUGACGUACAACCUGGCACGGGAAAGUUGCGCAUGGCUGGCGGGCACGGACAUUCCUGGUCGCUGUGUGAGCCGGUCUGCUGUUUCAGGGAGUGCGGCCCAUAUUUUCGAGGAUCAUUGUCCCCCUGUUACGUCAUCUUUGUCCCCCGCCAGAGGUCCGCUAGAGGGCGGGACGCGGCUCACCAUUCAAGGGCAGUUUGGGGACAAUGUCAUGGCCAUAUGCGUCUACAUCGGCAAGGAAAUCUGUCCACUCAUGGAGAUCUCGCAACAGCGACUUGUGUGUAUCACCCCGGAAGUUUCUGGGGCGGCCAAUAUGUCAGUCAGUGUCCAUGUAAAUCACCCGGAGAUGCCAAACAACGAUCGUUUCCGGUUAGCGCCGAUUAAUGGCGAAACCUUGGAACUCGCGGUCAUGUUUCAAUAUGUGGUUCCUUCGUUUGACCCCGACCAGCGACCCCAUGUUCGGAAGUCCGGUGACACACAGCUCGCCUUGAGCGGCCGCUUCCUGGAUGCGGGAUCCGUGCGCUCCGUUCACAUUGGCGGUCACAUCUGUAGCAUUGGAGACCAAGAUGUCGCGACUCCAGACAUCAUGAAGUGCCGGACACCCGGACAGGCCACCCUUGGGGAGCACUAUCUCACGGUAACGUUCGACCGCUUUAACAUGACAGGUCCGACCGUCACCUACAUCCCCGACCCCGUCAUCGCAGAAAUACACCCUACUGUUUCAAUUGCUAGUGGGGGUAUUCUGGUAACGGUAAGCGGACAGAGGUUGGUAGGACUUGGCGCUGGAGUCGGUCUGGUUGUCAAUGACGACACCGGCCAAAUAUUGACGACGAGCGGAAAGUGUGCACAUAAGGACAAUGUGUUGGCAUGCCACACCGGAAGUGCCACUGUAGACCGACUCCCGGCAUCAGGAAUCGCGUUCUUAAUGAACCCGUAUGCCGCGAAAAACAAUUUAAGCGUCAUAACCAUCCGGAAUGACCCGGAACUUGGUCAUGUGAACUAUACACUUUCCAUAACGAAGGAUACCGAUAUUGAAAUAAAAGGAAAAUAUAUUGCGGGUAUUCCGCGUGAAAACUUCCAUUUUCGGGCCGGAGUGUCGGCGGAGUGCGCCGUCACUCACAUAACAGAGGCCGCUGUGAGGUGCAGGGUGAAGUACGAGGAUGUCCGGACAAGCCAUGGACUGAUACUGCCUUUCAAGGGCACAGUGGGGAAUAAACAGUACGAUAUUGGGACGGUGCGGGUGGAACCGCUGGCGUCCAAUGCCUACCAGACGACGACGUCCCCCGCCAACUUCGACACUUAUCUCGUCAUUGCCGGUUGCUCUCUUGGCAGCAUCAUAGUUGUGAUCGCCAUCAGCUGCCUCGCCAUCAAAUGCUACAAGUCCAAUAAGCAGGUUACGGACGACCAUUACCGGGUGAGUUACCAAAGAGGGACGGCCGGGAUCAUGGACCUGGAGGGACUCUCUGAGAACCAAACAUCCGAGUCUGCGCAGAACAGGCAGAACGAUUACCAGCGGCGUAUCGGGCUGCUGCAUGGGGCGGCCGGUGGCGCCUCCAAGGAUACUACGCCGUUACUGCAAGUCCUUGAUGACGUCACGGUGGCGACCCUCCUAGAGAAGGACCUGCUGAUUGAUAGCGACCGCCUCGUGCUGGGGGAGAUGGUGGGGCAAGGAAAUUUUGGUCGAGUAUACAGAGGCUACCUGCGAACAGUUGGAGUGAAGGAAGACAUGACAGUUGCAGCCAAGACUAUGCAUAGAAAUAACCCACAGGACCUGGACGUGCAGAUGUUCGUGAAGGAGGCGCUGAUAAUGAAGGACUUCCAGCACAGGAACGUGAUGACGCUCAUUGGGAUCUGUUUCGGCAUUGAGCGGCUCCCUCUGGUCGUGCUCCCCUUCCUGGAGAAUGGCGACCUCCUCACCUACAUCCGGGACGUCAACAGGGAGCCUACAGUCCGGGACCUGACAGUGUUCAGUGUUGACAUUGUAAGCGGAAUGGAGUAUCUGGCCCAGCUAAAAUUCGUGCAUAGGGACCUAGCGGCAAGGAACUGCAUGGUCGGGGACGACAUGACGGUGCGGGUGUCCGACUUCGGUCUGUCACGUGACGUGUACGAGAAGGAAUACUACAGCACACGUGACAAGACAACUAAACUUCCGGUCAAGUGGAUGAGCCCGGAGAGCCUCGAAUUCGGACAUUUCAGCUCCAAGUCAGACGUGUGGUCGUUCGGUGUGACACUGUGGGAGCUGUUGACGCGCGGCAUGUGCCCGUAUCCGGCCGUCGACAAUUGGGACAUGAUGCGUUUCCUCAAGGAUGGACGCCGCCUCGAGAAGCCGGACUUUUGCCCGGAGGAAAUGUACCAGAUCAUGUUUCGCUGCUGGUCUUGGGAACCGGAAGAACGCCCUACCUUCACUGAGUUGGCUAAAAAUAUCCCGGAACUCCUCCGCCGCUUGGAGCGAGCAUCAGAGAAGCGCCGCAGACUGGAAUCUAACCGUGAGUGAGGCACAACACAACAUCCUCAAAGCCAACCGCGAGUGAGGCCCAACACUUCAUCUUCAUAGCCAACCGCGAUUGAGGCCCAACACUACAGUGGUGACAGUUAAAGCACUUAUGAAGCAAACCUGUAUAUAACGUUGGAUAGGCGUAAAUGCCGAACUGACUCUUGUUUUCUGUGUCGUUGUUUUACAAUGUUUAUUUCAGUUUAAAUCAAUCGUAUUCAUCUAAACACUACAUACUCGAAAUAAUGUUGAGCUACAGUAUAUGCUGUAUUUCUGGAAUUAAAUUAAUAUUUCAUAUAGCGGACCAGGCGACGUUAGUGCUUUGAUAAAGUCAAGAUAUGUUUUCCAAAACUGUCGUUCGUUGUUGGACAUAUAAAAUAUUUGUUUUAAAUUUCGAACACAUGGAUAUUGAUGAUAUUAUGAUGUCGCGUGCAGUCUUUCAAAAGGCACUUAUUAUCUAAAAUGUGGGCAUUAAGGCAUGACUAGGUUUUUGUUUUCAUGGCCAUCGUAUGUAUAUAUAUCUGUAUAUAUUUUAAUACAUGUUAUAUAUUGUAAAUAAAGUUUUCAAAUCAUA